AUGCCAUCACAAUGGGGUAUGGAAGAUCGCAUUACGGCCAAUGACUUGGGCAAUGGGAAGUUUCUUCUCAAUUUUACUUCGAAAGAGGAUUUCAACUCUGUUCUUCGACAGGGUCCCUUUCUUUUCAACUUUUGUAAGUUUGUGCUGGUGCAAUGGGAACCCAUUGUUCAUGAUGAUUACCCGUGGAUCGUCCCUUUUAUGGUUCAAGUGAUUGGUAUACCUUUGCAUCUUUGGACGGAUAAAAAUCUUAGAAAAAUUGGUACAAGAUUAGGCCAUGUUCAUGUUGAUACUUUGGAAGUAGCUGAGGGCCGUAUGCUCGUUGAUGUGGAUUCUCGAAGGCCUCUCAAAUUCUCAAGGAAAGUGGAGUCGAAGGAUGGAGAUGAGGUCACUAUCGAGAUCAAGUAUGAGAAGCUAUUUAAACACUGCUCUACAUGUGGUAUGCUUACACAUGAAAAGGAUCAUUGUCCUUCUUUGGAUGUGCGGUCGCGACUUCAGCCUCAAACAGAGCGUCCUGGUAUCUUUAAGAGGAUGCAAGCUCCACAGGAUAUGGCUCAGCGCCAUAACUUUCACAGCGAGCAGCGGCCAAAUGCACACGAGCGCCAACCUUACGGUCCUUAUGACCGUAAUCAGAAGCAGACUUGGCGGGAGAAAGCUGAGACUACUAAGCGUCUAGGUACAACGUCACAACCCUCAGCGUCAUCAGCAACAAGCUAUUGUCAGAUUGUUCCAUAUGAACAAUCUUCUGGCACAAGUAACAAUGGUUUACAUGGGAUGACUGAGCAUCAAAGUGCGAGGUCGGGAGAGGGUAACAGCGCUAGAGGCGCUAAGAGAUUGGCUAGUACUAUUGUAACGCCAUCCCGUAUUGACCAUGACAUGGAGGAGAAUGUCACAAAGUGGGAAAAAGAGCUUACUCGUUCUCUCUCUUUCACGACCCUUAGUGACCACGAACCGGUAACCGUUGCUGGAGACAAUCAGAUUAUUGGUGCUCUGAAUGAUAUGGAUAUCGAGGAUAAUCAGGAUGAUGGAAUGAUGGAGUGUGAAGUGCUAGAUGAGGAUUUACUUGGUAUAGACCUCAAAGAGAUGGAAGAGAGUGAGGCGCAGCAGGCUGUGAGCAUGGAAACGACGGGGCCUGCGACCUCAGAGCCUAAUACUAAAGUGUUGAAGAGCAGUCGGCAAGGUACUAAAGCGAAUGUCCCAUUGGGCCUUCAGAGCAAAAAAAUUGAGAUUCUUCGUCAGGGAUCUCCUCGAAAGUCUUUCUCUUCGUCUCAAGGAGCUCAUAUGGCUAGAGACUAG